AUGCCCGAAGAUGAUACGUCUCCAAAUACCCUUGGCCUAGCCUUUGACCAGCUCAAAAUCGAUGGAACAAAAGUCCAGGCCAGCACAGUGGCUGAGGAACCAGAGCAGCCUGCUCCUCCUGUAGAUGCCGGGGAACCCAGAACUGAGAAGAAGAAACCAUAUCUGAAUCAUGAACGCGUUAAGACGGGAGGCGCGCAGAGGGAUAAAUUGACGGAAGACGAACUGACGGAACGCAUGGCUAGGAUCAAGGCACAGAACGACAAGAUAAAGCAACGUCGUUUGGACGUCGAGGCAGACGAAGAUGCAUUCAGAAAGAUGCAGGAGUCAGAGCGCGCGAAGAUCGCUCUCAACAAGAAAGUACAAGAGACUGUGAACAGAACGCGAGAACAGAACGCUAAGCGGAAAAUGGACAAGAUACAGAGUCGGGAAUGGGACUCAGGAAAACCUACUGUUGACUGGAAGCACGCUGCUCCCGCCAAUAAAGAAGAGGCAGAGACAGAAGAGUCCGGGGGGGCGUCCGACUCAAGAUGGAGUCGUGGAAGCCCUCGUGGGCGCUCACAACGAGGUGGCAACAGAGGUCGAGGCAGAGGUAGAGGAGGAGCGCUCCCUCCAAGCCAAGAGGUUCCAGCUUCUGAACCUGAACCAGUUCAAGCAGAAGUCGCAGCAUCAUGA